AGCACUCAGCCGUCCUUAUUCGACCGUCCAGAUUAAAUCUGAAUAGUCGUAUACUGAAGUAUACUGAAGUUCGUAUAAAAUCGUAUACUGAAUCGUAUACUGAAGUUCCAUGGUAUUUUGUCUUUCUAUAAUAUUCUUUCCUGCGGUUCGGUGGGAAGCCGUCUAUAAAAACACCGGACGUCUAUAAAAAGAAAUCACGUCUAUAAAAACACCGGACGUAUUUGUUGGAGUUGUACAUAAUAAUUAGUAUCAAUUAAUAUGGACAGCUGUAAACUGCUGCUGGUUUUCGAUACGAAUGCAUUGAUUAAUCCGGUUGGAUUCAAAAUGUUACAGAAAAUUAUGGAAAAUGCAGAGAGCACUCUGCCAGCCAGUGUGACGCUUGUUAUCCCUCGAGUGGCUUGUCUGGAACUGCAUUCCUUAAUGCGGGAUAGUCACAGUUUUCCUGACACCAAAAAGAAGCGAGAAUUGAAAGACAGAAUUAUGAAAGCCUUCUUCUACUUGAUCUACAAUAUUUUAAAACUCUUCAACGAUUUGCUCACCAAUAUUAAAGGAUCCUGGAAUGGCUUGAACAUUGAUGCCAGUUUUAUUCAAUCGUUGAACGACGUAAUGAACGAUAUUACAGCAUCUUUAAGCAAGAUGAUCCCUGAUUACGAUAUUAUGGAAUCCAUCAACGAUGGGAUUAAUAGUGUUAUUGAUUUUUUCAACGGCGUGAUCACCGAUAACAGUCUUAAAGAAAUUCUUAAACAGCGUUCCCGUUUGCAUUUCCAAACGAAAUUUUUUGCAGAAUAUUUGCAAACCAUUUUCUAUCCCGCGGAUGGCAAAUACCGUUCGGCUUACGAUAGCGAAAUACUGAUUUACGUCUUAUUUUUACGCCACACCAAAUGCAGCGACAUUUGGCUAAUAACCGGAGACAGAGAACUGCAAGCGCGAGCGGCUCGCAGUGGGCUAAUAGCAAUGGAGGCUAAAACGUUACAGAAAGCCCUGAAACUACGACCUUACGACAGACUGGAUCCGAAAGGUGCCGAUUACCAUAUGUGGAGAUCGCCGCGUGCACCUUUUGUUAAGAUGACUUUUCCUUGCGGCGAUCCUAUUAGUUUUAUGACUUCCUCUACUUUAGACCGUAUACAGGCUUUUGCACAUCUGGAACAGGAACGAACAGACGCGCUUCGUACGGGAAUUAUGCACGGCACGUCGUACCCCACCUCUGUUGCUGCGGAAAAACCUGACUAUAUAAAAAACGAACAACGUGCGCCGAGUGUGGUAUACAAAGCUGUUGCAGUCCCGGAAAAGCGUCAUAUUUAUGAAACACAACCAGUGCAAUUUGCACGGCGUCAGCUGAAUGUGAACGAAACGAAAAGCCUUGUUGUUCCAGAAAAGCCUUGUUGUUCCAGAAAAGCCUGAUCUUACGUUUAUUAGGAAAGAGGGACUUACUAGGAGUGAAAACAUCAUUACACCCGCGUGUAAUCCCGCUGCGGAUUGGAAGAAGGCUGACUUCUAUAAUAAAUGCAAAGAACAGCCAGUCCGGUGGGCAGUUUACGGUGUUUCUGCGUGCAUGACUGAUGGUAAUCCCGAAAAUUUUGUCGUUUCCAAUGAAAUCUAUCUGAAAGAGAAAUAUAUCCAGCGUGUACACGACAGCGCAUCAACAUAUACGGGCAUUGCUUCUCUGGAGAACACUGACUUUUACGGCAGACAGAAAGUUUACCGGUCUGUUUCUUCCGACUUAUCAUCACGCGAUGCACCGAUCGUUUCAAUGAAGCAAGGGCAUUCUCAACGGAGUGCAAAAUAUGUUGACCGAGGGCCGUAUGGUUAUGUUGAUGAACCUGUAGAAGAUGCUGGUCAUAUCUCGGCCGAAGCCACCCAUUCUGAGCAACAGAACCCACCGACAAAUUCCAUAGCGAGAGCUGUUUUCUCUCUAUUUUUGAAAUAUGUUUUCUUGUUGCUGGAAUUUAUUUUCCAUCAAGUCUUGGGAUUCAUCUUCUUGCUACCGCAAAUUGCAAUCGCUGUUUUCCGGGUUUUUUCUGCGCUUGUAUUAACUGGAAUGACUGUGUUAGUAUUACUUCCUAAAGAAAAAGAAAAAGAACAAACUGUACUCGAUCGGAAACCAAUUCCGUGUCCUGAACCAAUCUUUUUCGCAGCCUAAAUCAACGACAAUGAUUCUCGCCAAUAAAAAUUCAAAAAACUGC